CAGCCGACUGAAGGUUGAAUCCGGCCCCGUCUCACUCACCCUCCGCCGCCGUUGGAAGCACUUUCUUCCCCCGCUCUCCUCUCCUCCGCCUCCAGCUCCACUUCUUGCACCGGGAUCAUCCGCGUUGACCCGAGCCAUGUCCAUAUUCAGCGAUGUCCCACAGGCCCCGCCGGUAGCCGUCUUCAAGCUGACUGCUGACUUCAGGGAGGACAGCCACCCGCAGAAAGUGAACCUGGGGGUCGGAGCUUACCGUACUGAUGACUGCGAGCCCUGGGUGCUGCCCGUGGUGAAGAAGGUGGAGAAGCUCAUUGUGGACGACGCCAGCCUGAACCACGAGUACCUGCCCAUCCUCGGCCUGCCCGAGUUUCGCUCCGCCGCCUCCAAGGUUGCCCUGGGAGACGACAGCCCCGCCAUCAAGGAGAACAGGGUGGGAGGAGUCCAGUGUCUCGGUGGAACCGGUGCUUUGAGGAUCGGUGCAGAGUUCCUGCGCCGCUGGUACAACGGCACCAACAACACAGCCACACCCGUCUACGUCUCAGCUCCCACCUGGGAGAACCACAACGGUGUGUUCGGUGACGCCGGCUUCAAAGACAUCCGGCCUUACCACUACUGGGAUGCUGCUAAGAGAGGUUUGGAUCUGAGCGGACUGCUGGAUGACCUGGAGAAAGCUCCAGAGCAUUCGGUCUUUGUCCUCCACGCCUGCGCACACAACCCCACCGGCACCGACCCGACCCAGGAGGAGUGGAAGAAGAUCGCUGAAGUCAUGAAGAGGAGGAAUCUGUUGGUUUUCUUCGACUCGGCCUAUCAGGGUUUCGCCUCCGGCAGUCUGGAUAAAGACGCUUGGGCCAUCCGCUACUUUGUGUCUGAGGGAUUUGAGCUCUUUGUGUCUCAGUCCUUCUCCAAAAACUUUGGACUGUACAAUGAGAGAGUCGGAAACCUUACCGUGGUUGCCAAGGAUACGGAGAACCUGACCCGCAUCAUGUCUCAGAUGGAGAAGAUCGUCAGGACGACCUGGUCCAACCCUCCGUCUCAGGGAGCGCGCGUCGUCAGCAAGACCCUCAACUGCCCCGAGCUGUUCGCAGAGUGGAAGGGCAACGUGAAGACGAUGGCCGACCGCGUCCUGCUGAUGAGGGACGAGCUGAAGUCUAAGCUUCAGGCUUUGGGAACUCCAGGAACCUGGGAUCACAUCACCCAGCAGAUCGGCAUGUUCAGCUUCACAGGCCUGAAUCCCAAGCAGGUUGAGUACAUGAUCAAAGAGAAGCACGUGUACCUGAUGGCCAGCGGUCGCAUCAACAUGUGCGGCUUGACCACCAAGAACAUCGACUACGUCGCCCAGUCCAUCCACGACUCCGUCACCAAGGUCCAGUAGAAGGUCCCUGCCACUUCCUGUCUGUGUGUGUGUGAGUGUGUGUGCACCUCACAGGAAGUCAUCAUCACCAUCAUCAUCAUCAUCGUGUCUUUUGUCCAAAAUCCUGCUUAAUCCCUCUCCUCUGAUUGGUCGAACCAAUGUUCUCACAUGAAGGUGCAAUGAUAGUUUUUUUAGGGAAGACACUUGAACACUGACAGUAGAGCUUAUUAUCUCUCUCUCUCUAAAAUGUGUAGAAGAAGAAAAAAGGUCCCUUCAUUUUAAAAAUUUGCUCUCUUUGCCAGUACGAUUUUUUUUUGUUGUGAUUCUCGUGCUUCCUCCGUAACCUUUCAGCACUUCACUAAGGGAUUAACUGUAUUAAAUGUAUCUGUCACACAGAACAAAUAGCAGCACAGAUAUAUAUAUAAGAGUUAAUGUAAAUAUAUGUAAUCACCGUUUAGAAGGUCCUACUAUUUCCUGUUAAAGAGCUUGAAGUCGUCUCUGGUUCUACUUCCUGCUCCGAAGCCCUUCACAGAUAAUCAUGAUGCUUCGGUACUGUAAUCUGCCUCAAUCAACUGUCGGUAUGUACGGUUUUACUUCUUUUUCUUUCUUUUUUUUAAAGCUUAGUUGUUGAAGUCAACUAAGAUGCACUAUCAAAACUCAACCCAGGACAUUUCUCUCUUUUUCUUUUUUCAUGCAUUGCAGUCUGAAGAAGAAGGGGAGGGAUUAUUAUAAGUGUCACUCAAAAGUCAUACAUGUGCCUGUUUUUAAAAAAAAAUUGGUUUUGCCUCGUCGUCGUCGUCUGUGCAAAUCUGUGCAGCUACGAUAAAAAAAAAUACAAAACAAGCUUUGUGAUGUCAUAGUUCAGAUCACUGGAAGCAGCUUUUGUUGUGCCAAUAAUGAACAAAAAUCACCUCUUCUUCUUCUUCUUCUCUUCUUCAGUGGUGUUUUUUUGUUUCCUCUCCUCCACCUUACAGUGCCCUUAUUGUGUUACAGUAAUGAUAAUAAUUAAUAAAUAAAAUAAAGCCUUGGUUGUUGUUGUAAUGAGCCACUCUGACACAGAAGCACACUCCCCCAUUAUUACCUGGUGUUUGUUUUUAAUGACAUGCAGCAGUCUGUGUGUUCAUACUGUAAUAAAUAAUAUAAACCACAGGAACCAACUGA